AAAAAGCUCGCGCUUCCACUUCCGGGCAGAAUCUCAGUCAGCCCUCUGUAAAAUGGAUCUGAUGGGCUGUUGAUUAUGUUAGCUCUCACACGUGUUAUAUUACUCGCGUAUUUUGCCAGAGACUUCAUUUGCAUCGGCGUUUGAACUGAAGCGCGGUUUGAGUUCUGCUCGGUUGUUGGAGGAUUUAUUUCUGACUCCUUACGGGUCCGGGUACGCUUGUUAAAAAAGUCCCGCAGCAUCUCUUGUGUUAGCAAUCGGUCAGCUAGCCGGCUAAAAGUACCGGGUAGCCACAUAACGCGGCUGUACAGCCAGGUUUCCUUCGCUUUCACUUAGCAAGCAGCAGAGAUCCGAGUGAAAUGUGUGAAGGAUCCAUUGUGCACGGAUACACAGCACACUUCUGAGACGUUUUAAAUACUCUUCACCCUGUAACGGGUUUCAUUUGUGCCGCUCGCUGUUUUUGAGACAUUUAACCUGAUUGGUGUCUAUAGGACAGCAUGGGGGCGUACCUAUCUAAGCCCAGUACGGAGAAAAGCACAGCCGACGGGGGAAACCAGAAACUGAGCUAUGGAUUCGCGGCCAUGCAGGGAUGGCGCGUUUCCAUGGAGGACGCUCACAAUUGCAUCCCAGAGCUGGACGAAGAGACUGCGAUGUUCGCCGUGUAUGAUGGACAUGGAGGUGAAGAAGUUGCUUUGUACUGCUCCAAAUAUUUACCAGACAUCAUAAAAGAGCAGAAAGCAUAUAAGGAUGGUAAACUGCAAAAGGCACUGGAAGAUGCUUUCCUGGCUAUAGACAGCCUCAUCACCUCAGCAGAGGUUAUCAAGGAGCUUGUUCAGAUCGCUGGCCGCCCACAAGAGGAGGCAGCACCAGAAAAAGUAGCAUAUGAAGAUGAUGUGGAUAACGAGGAAACAGCUCUUCUGCAUGAAGAGGCCACGAUGACGAUCGAGGAGCUGCUUGUCCGUUACGGGCAGAACCUGAAUAAAUCUUCCAAAAAGCCUGGACAGGAUGCCCCAAAAGAGCUGGAAGACAAAGAUAACGCCCAUGCAGAUAAAGGGAUCAAUGGUGAGACGGAAUGUGGAGCGUCUGAAACAGACAGCAAUGGAAAAGCAAAGUUGGAAGAGACAGCUGGAGGCUCUAAAAUGAGGGCAUGCAGGAGAGCGGCAGCCUCCUCUGGGAGCUCUGCAGCCGGACACUCUUCUGAACACGAGAAAGCAGGAGCCACAGCAGAUGCUGGUCCUUCCUGUUCCUCCUCUGCAGCUCCCACCCAAGGAAGUGCCAAAUCAAAAUUCUUUGAAGACAGUGACGAGUCAGACGAAGGGGAGGACGAAGAGGAGGGCAGUGAUGAAGAGGACUGCAGUGAGCAGGAAGGAGAGGACAGCAGUGAAAAUGAAGAGGAUGACACAGAUGAGGAGGAGGAAGAGGACACCGAAGAAGAAGAAGAAAUGUGUUUGCCUGGGAUGGAUGGGAAAGAAGAGCCUGGAUCAGACAGCGGGACAACAGCUGUAGUGGCUCUGAUCCGUGGUAAACAGCUCAUAGUAGCUAAUGCUGGAGACUCUCGCUGUGUCGUCUCAGAGAGGGGAAAAGCAGUGGACAUGUCCUACGAUCACAAACCAGAAGAUGAACUGGAGCUGGCCAGAAUAAAGAACGCAGGAGGCAAAGUGACCAUGGACGGUCGUGUCAACGGCGGUCUAAACCUCUCCAGGGCCAUUGGGGACCACUUUUACAAGAGGAAUAAGAACCUCCCACCUGAGGAGCAGAUGAUUUCUGCUUUACCAGAUGUCAAAGUACUGACUCUAAAUGAAGAGCAUGAAUUCAUGGUGGUUGCUUGUGAUGGAAUCUGGAAUGUCAUGAGUAGCCAGGAGGUUGUGGAUUUUGUAAAUGAGAAAUUGAAAGCAGAAGGAAAUGAAAACAAGCCUCUGUCUGCUGUUAUUGAAGAGCUGCUUGACCACUGCUUGGCACCAGACACAUCUGGGGAUGGCACAGGGUGUGACAACAUGACUUGUAUGAUCGUCAGAUUCAGCCCCCACACAGGUACCUACAUGGACGAGAACACCAAGAAACGCAAGCCGGAGGAGCAAGUGUCUGAGGAGAACGGCAACGACAGCAAAAAAUCCAAAACAGAAUAGAGCUACCAUCAGUGGUCACUAUACACUUUUAACACUCUUCCGAUGAAGUUGAAUCAGACAUUGGUUUUCUCACAACUCUACUACACCUUUUUUAUGGAUGACUCCCUAUGAAAAUGUUUUAGUUUGAAAUAAUUUGAAGAUGCAAGAAAAUUGAACUGUACACCAACCAUUUGUCCACAUUUUUUGUAAAGAAUUUGUUUAGAGGCCCUCAUUAACAUAUCUACAUGAAUGAGUGGAGCUGUCACUCAAAGGACAGUAGUCACAUCAAUUAAAAUUUGUGAACUUUUAUGUGCUCAUACCUUUGUACAUAAUUUUCCAGGAACUUUUUUUUCUUCAUCAUGAGUAUCUGUAACUUUCUGAACACCAAUGUAAUUGUAUUCAAAUACAUUUCUUUUUGUAAAUUAUGUGAUUGAUGCAAUUGUUUUAAAUUUGAAAGUAAAAACAAGCAGCUUUGCAAAAGCCAUUUAACUUUCCUGAUAAGAAGGGUUAAAAUCAAAGACAUACAAUCUAAAUUUGAAACAUUAAUAUCAUUCCUCUGCUUUUGGUAUGUGUCAACAAAUAAUUUGUAUUUUAUCCAUCUUCUUGAGGCUCAAAGUGUAAUGACUAGUUUUUCAGUUGUGGAUGUGCAAACUACAUGCAAUGGCUGAGGGUGACUUGAUGUCUGCAGAGGUUCAGUAGUGCAGCUGUAAGGUUGGAGUCCUCAGUGAGAGCCAGUCAUCUACAUAUGUCUUCUGUCUCCCUCAUGCAGCUCAAUAAGGUUUCUAUACAUGGAAUUUUGGAAAAUAUAUUUUGGUACUUUUUAGCAUCUUUGGGAGUUCUGAGACAGUGAACAUUUGCUUAGGCUGACAUUUUCCUGAAACAAUAAACAAGUGGAGACAAACUA